CACUGCUAACCACCACCAUCAGUCACCCAUGCAAUAGUCUGUGAAUCCGCCUGGCCUGUGUUGUGUAUACUGUGUGUUUUGCCAGUGCGAUUUUUUUUUAUUUACGAGUGUGUUCCAGUUGCAUAUGUAUAUACAUACAUAUUUAUAUCAAUGAAGAGAUUCCAUUUUUUAUAGUGUUAUUUUUUAUGGUUAUAACCUCCAAACAAUAACAUCUCUUAAACUUGAUUAUUAACAGCAUCUUCCGCAUUGAGGCGAAACAAGAAAAGCACUUUCAAUUAAUUUCAACUCUACUUUUGUUUGCGGCGUCCCCACGUGAUUAUUUCAUUAUAAAAGGAAAAGUUUUUUUUCUUACUCCAACAAAUGUGAAUAAGAUUAUAAAGUAUUAUCAAGUUUAUCAGUUUGUGUUGAUUCAUCUCUUCUUUCAUGCAUUGGUUAAAGAACACACACACAAGUUUCAAUAUUUGGAAGUGACAAGAGAUGUUUCAUAGUCUGAAGAAGGAUCCGUCGAUAAGGCAGGAAACAUGUAUCACAGCAUCAUUACAGUGCUAGAAUAUAUGAACCAUUGAGAUAAUUUCUCACACAAAAGGAAUUUUAUUUAUGGAUCAAUAUUCACUAAAGCAUGCCGCUUGGAAUAAGAAGAAGAAGGAAAUCUUACCAAAAAGGACAAUUAUUUAUUUACAUCAAUGCUACCAUUAAUUCUUAUUCAAGAUCUUCUUGGACACGAGAAAGGGCGAGGAACAAAAGUGUAAACAGGCACAGUACAACAACAUUUAUUUUUAAAAGACAAAAGUUGCAUUUAUUAACUACAACUAUAGUUGAUUUAUAAAUGAAAAUGGAAAAAUUGCAAUGCUUUCUUGUUUUUAUAAUUUUGCUGCUUGCAAGCAGCAAUCAAAUUAUUGGACAAGACAAUUGGGAAUGUCUAUCACCAUGUAAAUGCAAGUGGGUUUCUGGUAAAAAAACAGCUGAAUGUAUAAGACAAAACCUUGAUCAAAUUCCAAGUUUUUUGUCAUCAGAAAUUCAAUACCUUGAUCUGACAGAUAAUUCCAUUGUACAUUUACAUGAAUUUGCAUUCAGUCAAGUAAACUUGGUCAAUCUACAAAAACUAACACUAAAGCAAUGUGAUAUAGAGACAAUAGACAGAAAAGCCUUUACGGGACUCAAAAUUGUUAUCGAAAUUGAUUUGUCGGGAAACAGUCUCAGAUUUAUUGAGCCAGGUACAUUUUUUGAAACACAUCGACUACGAGUAUUACUUUUAAAUGAAAAUUAUCUUGAAUCAUUGGAAAAUGGUUUAUUUGACAAUCUAACAUACUUGCAAAAGGUCGAUUUAUCAAGAAAUCGAAUAAAAGCAGUUGGAGAAGAAUCAUUUCAAAAUUUGCCCGGUCUACAAACGUUAUUACUAAAUGGCAAUAAUAUUACUGACCUCAAACUUGCAACAUUUGAAAAGCUUCCAAAACUUGGAAGUUUAGAACUUGAUAACAAUCCUUGGAAUUGCAACUGCUUCUUAAAAGAAUUAAGAGAUUGGACGAUUAAACGAAAACUAUAUACAAAGCAAACGACCUGUCAACAUCCAUCAUACCUUUAUGGAAAAAAGUGGGAUGAAGUAAGCAGUGAUGAAUUUGCAUGUCAACCUAAAAUUCAAAAUAUUAUACCAAGCUCUCGCCAACUCCAAGUGGAAAGUGGAGAAUCAGUCAGAUUAGAUUGUCUAGCUGUGGGCAUACCUCAACCACAAAUUCACUGGAUUCAUCGUUCUCGAAUAUUAAAUAAUUCGACAAGACGGCAUCACAGCAGUGCUAAUAAUGGCGGCGCUGUUGAACCACUAGGUUAUAUUUUAAUGGAAAACACUAGUGGUGGUGGCUGGGUUAAUUUAACUGUUCCCAACGUUACAACAUCAGAUAGAGGGGAAUAUAUAUGCAUAGCUCAAAGUCCAGGUGGUUCUGUUGAAGCAAAUGUGACACUUGCUAUUAGUGGUGACAUAUUCAGUGGUGGUGAUGAAGAAGGAGGCUCAAGUCAUUACAAAAUCAGUUUACCUCUUGCAUCGGGUUUAGGCGUAGCAUUGUUAUUUCUUCUUCUACUGAUAAUAGCCCUUUGUCUAUAUUACUGCCGACGUCGGAGACAAGCACUGCCUGAUGAAAAAUUUAAUCACCUGGGUUCAGACAGUGGUGGCGGCGGCAAUAAUGACUCAAUGGAUCAGCAGCAAGGAUUCGCAGAACUUGAAAAGUCUUUAAUCACUACCGUAAAUCCAAUUGGGGGAGAACCAACAACAUCAAUUGUUAUGAAACCGGUUAGGCGGUAUGACACUCCAUCAAUAACAUCUCAUGGAACAGAAAUGACUGAACUCAAUAGAACCUUACUGGAUAACGACUCUUUUUUUACUGACGGCGUCGGAAGAAUGAUUGCUAAUGGUAUCGGGGAUAUUAAUAACCAUGAUGACGAUGACGAAGAAGAAGACAGAAUAAACGAUGCAACUUUAGAACUUGAAAACGUAUUUCAUGGGACCAGUCCAUAUUUGUUGGGUAACAAUAGUUUUAGUAGUAGACAAUACCCUCCGGAUUUGUUGGCAUUCCAUGGUGGUGGUGGUGGUGGACGAGGUGUUUCUCCAACCAGUCUGGCAUCCACAGCUCCUGAUAAUUCUCGACUUUUGAAUCAUUACGGGCAAUUUAAUGCUACAUUGAGUAGUCCAUCACCCCAAUAUUAUACUGUGGGUGGUAGUGGCUUUAAAACUUUACCCCAUAAUAAAAGUGGAACACCAUACAGCACAACUGGAGGAGGCAGUAUUAUUCCUGCUUUAUCUCGUCAAGGAUAUGUUACAAUUCCCAGACGACCUCGAGCACCGAGUUGGAGUAGUGGUCCACCAAUUUCACCACCGUUAGACAUUGAUAUUAUUGAACAACCAGUGUACGAUAACCUCGGUAGGCGAACUACUGCUGAUGGAAGCUCUGCAAUCUCAUUAAAUAAAACCCCAGAAUUGCGCGACGGUUGUAGUCGAAAUUUUUCCAUUUCUCCAAGCACUAUUUUGAAUAAUUCAAUUCAACAAAAUACAAAUAAUAAUAAUAAUGUUAUUGCUAAUAACAAUAUUAAUUCUAAUGAUGUUGAUAAUGUUAAUUGCAAUAAUGAUAACAUGACGUCGUUUGAUAGAUCUGCACCAGAGGGCGCUGCAGAGUGUUCUUUACAACUUGUAGAUGAUGUAGAAAAUUACCAGCCACAAGAAACUACUAAACACAAUAAAGUAGAAAAAAAAGUACCCCCAAGACCACCUCCGAAACCUAAAAAGAAACAUCUAAAUGGUCCUCUUUAUGAAGAUGAAGACGAGGAUGGAACAGAAGUUUGAUUACGCGUACAAUGAAAUGAAAAUAUAUUUAACGCCUUUGAAUAUUACAAUAUAACUGCUAAUGGUUCGAUGAUAAUUGGUAGUGCCUUUAGAAAGAAGAGAUUUGUGUGAAUGCUUAAAUAUGGACACAAGAAAAAAAAUUAAUUAAUUUUCCUCUCUGUAUCUAUCAAUUUUUCAUGUCCAUUAAUAUAUUUCUUUGUUCUCCUGCGCACGCAAGAGAAUGACUGUGUGAUACAAUUUUAAAACAAAAUUGUUCGAUCUGGGGCAGGGCUUCCAUUUUCAAAACCAACAUUUGCAAAAAAAAAAAUAUAUAUAUAUAUAUAUAUAUAGACUGAUUACCUUGAUAGAAUUUGAAAAUUAUAUGCUUCAAAGGAAACAAAUUUUCAUCUCUAUUAGUAGAAUUAAAUGUGCUUCUUUAUACUUUUAUACAUAUAAUUACUAAGCAUUUAUGGCAAUAAAUUGCCAACUCCCUUGUAUGAUUGUCCCGUGAUGCUCUGUGAAAUGAAAAUUAUUCAAUGCUUCAUUAGAUACACGUUUUAAUAUUAAGUCUAUAUAACAAUGACUAUGCGGUGUAGCUGCAUAUUAUAAAUUAUUAGGCACAAUCUGAAACCAAAUUCAUAAAGACGAAACAUUAUUAGUCGUUUAAAUGACGACUAUAAAUAGUAAAAAAAACUGUGUUUUUAUUACUUGUAACGAUAUACAAAUAAUGUCACUUUAACUAAGCAAACUUUUGGACAGUUUACACUUGAUUUACAUGACUUUUUUAUUGAUAUAUCUCUAGUUUAGAAUUUUUAAUCUUUUAGAUAAAAUGAAAUGCCUCAACAAAAAAAGUUGCAAUUCAAAAUCUUUAAUUUUUAAAAAUAAAAAUAUUUUCAAAACAAUAGGCACAUUCUCAGAAUGUAAUUAAACAUUGUUAUAUCGUAAAUUUAUUUAUUUUUUAACACGCUAAUGACAUUAGCUUAUAUAGAAAUUUACAAAAUGUAAAAGAAAGAACGUAUAAGCAGUCAUACAUUUUUUAUACAUUUCGUUCACCCCCAAAGUACAAUCUACGUUUUAUUUUAAAACCAUUUUGAAAGUUACACCCCAUCUUCCAUCACCCUUGUUUUAUAAAUCACACACAAAAGUUGGAGGAUUGUUUUGGAAACUAUACGUAUCUCUCCGGUUCCGAGCAAAAACUCUCUCUCGGAAUCACUGACAGUCGCUUUAGAACCUAUAAUAUUAUUAAUGUUCUAAAUAAUAUUAUAAUAUUUUUAUUAAAAAAAUAUACAUUUUAAUCCAUCAACUUGCAAAAAAAUUCAAUUUACAACAAAAUAUUAACUUGAAAAUAAUAAUAAUAAAAAAAAGUAGAGCUUCUAAAUAAGCGACUGUCAAAGAUGCGUCUACACGGAGAAAAAAAUCAGGGCUUUUUAGCAUGGAGUGGUCUGUACCUUUAGCGCAUGGGCGCUUUCUUACGGCGAAAGAACGAAUUUGUACGAUUGCAGCAAGAGCUCGCCCUAUUUUAGUAAGGAGCCUUGCUGCAAUCGUACGAGUUCGUUCUUUCGCCGCAAGGAAGCGCCCAUGCGCUAAAGGUACAGACCACUCCAUGCUACAAAGCCCUGAUUUUUUUCUCCGUGUAGUUUUUGCUCGGAACGGAAAAGAUGCGUAUAGUUUCCAAAACCAUCAUUCCAACUUUUGCGCAAUUUCUAAAACAAAUGUGGAUAAAGAUGAGUGUAACUUUUUAAAAUGGUUUUUAAAUAAAAAAGUAUAUUGUACUUGGGGUGAAUGAUUUGUAAUAUAUAGGUAUAUAUUAAAUUAUAGCAAACAUAAUUUUUACAGUGCAUGGUGGAAUUGAUAUAGAAACUGGUACAUUGUUUAAAUAAAAUGCACAAGGCUGUAAUAAAUUGCACUUACCAACAGCAAUAAUAUGGAAUUGUCAUUUCCAUUUUAAUUAACGUUUAAAAAUAAUAACCAUUGCAAAAACUUUUACAUUCGUAGCUGUCACUUUUUUUAAAUUUUAAGCUUGACAGAUUUUUAUCAACACUUUAGAAGAAAAGAUUUAAAUAGAAUUAAAUUUAUACAUAUUUUAUUCAAAAUUUUUUUGUAUAACAAGACAAUUAUUUCAAUUAAAAAAAUUUUUGUUUAAUCGUUUUCGAUGGUAUCUGACAUUAUUCUUGAAAAAUUUUUUAAAAAUAAAUUUUCUUUGGCAACGAUAUAGAAAAUAAUGUAAAAUUACAAAUUUAUAAUGAAACAAGGAAAAUUUUUCAAAAUUGUUGAGUACCAUAAAUAAAAGAAAAAACGUUUAGUUUUUAGCAAGUGUAGGUAUUGAUACAAAAAAACAAAUAAAUUAGUAUAUCGAGAAAAAAAGUGUAGUAAUUAAAGGUCUUGAUCAUAAAAAAAAAAAUCAGAAACCAUCAUCCAAUACUGUUAAAUCAAAACAUAAAACUCGAUUAUUUAUCAACUAUUCAGCCAUUUCAAAUAGCAACUAAUUCAAAGUUGUUUUCGACUAUACUCAUUAGAGUAUAUGGAGAUUAUUAGUAAAAACAUUUUUUUAUUAAUAUUUUUUAUAUAAAUAUAUAUGUAAAUUGUUUAAAUGUAUUAUAUUGUAUAGUUUUUAAAAAAUGCCAUUCAAUUAUUACAAGCGUACGAUAUUAGUUUAAUGAGAAAUUGUGUUUGUGCACAAAGAAAGUUAAAAAAUUUCACUUGUCGUGAACCAAAAGUAAUUUACCAACUUUCUACCAUUGCUGCCUGUAAUGCACUAAAAUAGAUUCUAUUUUUUACAACUGCACAGAAAAAAUAAAAAUGUACAUAAAUAAAAACGACUCUAAAACUAUGAACGUUCGAGUUUUUCAAUUAUAAGAUUACAAUUUUUAAAAUAUAAAUAUAUAAUUAUCGUAAUGGGUUAUAUAAAAAAUUAAAUGUUUUUCAAAAUGCAUUAUUAAACUCAUUACUAUCAA